AUGAAAUUAAUUACCCACAACAUGCUGACAUCAAAGUGCUUGAAAGGUGUAGUCACGGGCUAUCCCCUAGCUAUCAACGCUACAAACAUUAAAGUUACGGAAGUAGACUUUAACCCAGAAUUUAUUUCACGAAUAAUACCCAAAUUAGACUGGGAAGUUCUGUGGAGAGCAGCGGACAGUAUUGGUCACAGCGACGGACUACCGCAAACCAUAGAACCAAAGUUUGAAGAAAAUAGUGAUUUUUUGAAAAAAGCUCACAAAGUGUUGUUGGAAGUAGAAAUUGAAGAAGGUAAUUUAGUUUGUCCAGAGUCUGGUAGGCGAUUUCCGAUAUCUAAAGGUAUACCUAACAUGUUACUUACAGAAGCAGAAGUGCAAUAA